AUGAUUAUUGAGAUAAAAGAAAAGGAGAAGAAUGCAAAGGAGGAGAAGGAAAAGGAGAAGAAUGCAAAGGAGGAGAAGGACAAUAAGGCAAAAGAGGAGAAGGAGAGGGAGAAGAAGGAAAAUGAAGAUACGGAGAAGGAGAAGAAGGCAAAACAGGAGAAGGAAAAGGAGAAGAAGGAGAUGGAGAAGGAGAAGGAGAAGGAGAAGGAGAAGGUGAAGCAGAAAGAAAAAGCGAAAGCGAAAAAGAAAGGGAAGAAAGUCGAAGUUGUCAGUUGUGAUGUGAAGCGACAAUAUCCAUUUGAAGGUUUUAACAUUGACGGCGAGGGUCCUACUGAACUAAUUUCAUCCUUUUCGCAAUGGAUAAACGAGGGUCUUUACAAGCAUCAUUCGAAAAAAGGAAACAAGGAGGAUCUCUACUUAGCCAAUUGCACAAAACUUGAAUUUGACCAACUUGAUUUAGUAGUUGCAUUUCCAAUGAAUAAGGACUGGUUCUAUGUAAUGUCUCAACCCAAUAGGUGCUGGAAUGAUGAGGUAAAUCCAUGCCCACUUUUAUAUGUAUUGUUUAGUACAUGA